CGAAGAUCUCGAUAAGAAAUAGCACUUGUAGGGUCUGGCGCGUAAGAACAAAAUGGUAGAUAGUGAAGAAGUAUCACGCGGCUCUAAUCACCCAGUAUCUUGAGUAGAGAUUUCUGGGGUGAGAAGAGAACUAGAAGUUCUAAGCGGAAGAUUUUGUCACCAUCGUUUCUUUGUCAUUUCUAGCCGCCUCGCCAACGCCAUCCUAAAUUCCAAUUCGGAACUGUACAGACAAAAUGAUAAUCCACAACCCGGAGACGUUCAUCGUCAAGAAGACGCUGCAGUCUCUCUCCUCCGCCGACUCCGAAUUUUCCACUUUUUGCACCCUCGCCGGGAUCGGGAAGAAGGACCUCCUAUUACAAUGAAAAAUGCCCCCUCCCCAUAUCGAAAGGCAUGUUUCCGAAAAUUUGCGUUGCUGAUUUGUGACCACAAAUCGGGUCUGUCUUGCAAGCAGGCACACUCAGGCUGUUCGCCACAUGAUGCAGGCGAUUUGUCAUGCUGUAUGGCCUAUAGGGUCGCCAUCUACUAUGCUAGGCGCCUACACCAAAAAGCCCCCGCCUAUGCUCAGGAUCUGUGUGCAUUCCUCUACUGCAACACAAAUUUGAUUUGUGUAUCCAAAUCCAGCAUCAGAAAUUUCGUUUUGAUGUGGGGAGGGGGGAUUUUUCCUUUUGAUACCUCCAGGAGCCGCUGAAUCUGCAGAAAAUCACGGUUUAUGCAUGGCAAAUCUGUUUGCGUCUGGAAAGUUGUGAUGCAAGUCAUUGAAUAGAUGAGGAAAGUGUCAUGCAGCACCGUCAAGCGUGCCACUAGUUUUUUCGUUGCUCUGUGUUGCGUAGUCUGCAUUAGAAACUGCGUUCUAGCAUGACAGGCAACAGGGGCCCGUUGCGGCCACGCGAUACAGUGCUCAGGGUCAUGCCAGACUAGCAUAAGAAAUCUCGCAAUCUUAUAGACCCGGACACAGUUGCAAUGCAUACGGUUUUUGGCAACACGGACUCUGCAACGGAAGAUGUGGACCCCAAGAGUCUGUUUGGGCAAUUGCUGCGGAGCAGCGAGUCUAAUGCGAACAUCGGAAGUGGUGCUUCUGCGAGCCAUGACGCCGGAUCGUCUACUUCCCAUAACAACAACAACCCAGGGCAACUCACCCUACCGUUGCAGGGCUCCCAGUCCGUCGGGAACAUUCUCGGGAGCAGUGCUGCAGCGCCCCAUCCCAACGACGCGGCGGGGACCCUCACCGCGAAGAAAAAUUUCCAAAACGCGGUCGCCAGUUUGAAGGAGUAUCGCGUGAAAAUCCCGCCGUUGAGGGAGAUAGCACAGUUUAAGAAUUUAAAGGAGUUGACGAUUGUACAGCAGAAUUUAUCGACGAUCAACAGCUCGACACUGCAGCACAACAACAACUCAACUUCGCCCUCUGCCGGCGCAUCUUCCGCCGCAGCUUCUUCAACCGACCAGUUACUACCCCAUCUGCAGAAGUUAGUUUUGAAUGAGAACAAUCUGACGAAUCUGAAAGGGUUGCAUUUGUUGACACGGCAAUCGUUGAAACACCUUUACGUUUCGCACAACAAGAUUCGGAAUUUACAUUCCGACUGGCAUAUCAAAUGCAAAAGUGUCUGGGUCUGGAUUGUUGCCGGGUUUGUCAUGCAUAUUUUGCAUGACCCAGGAUGUCUGCAAUGCACAACCUAGCAUCACAGAUGUUUAGAGGGCCCUCUGAUGCCUGCUCCGCAUGACAAAUGCCCUCCCCGCGUAGCACAAAAUAAACUCAUCUUGCUGGUCAUGCAAUGCAGAUUUUUUUAGAAUCCAAAAACAGCAUGAGAAGUUUCGAUCCUUCCAGACGCAGACAUGUUUGCAAUGCAUAUGGCAUCUAAAACUGAUGACGCGGCUGGAGACCUUUUGGAUUAUUACAAUGAAAAAUGCCCCCACGGCCCCCAAAGUUGCAAUAAUUUGUGAUGCAAAGCUUCCACAUGCAAACUUUUUGUCAUGCAUGAAAGGACAAUGAAUCUUUCUGAUGCAGAGUGUAGGCGUAUAUCGCAUCGCUUGCAUGACAAGCGCCACUCUUGCUGGGAUCUUGCGCAAUACAAAUUUUUUCUAUUCACGAUUGGAAAUGAUCUGUGAUGCUGAUAGAUGCAAGAGGGCGAAUGUUUCGUUUGCAAAGGUUUGCAAUACAAAUGCUCCCAAAUUCGGGGGUGGGGGUAUUUGUCAUUGUAAUAUGGAUCGCGGAUAAUCUACUGACGAGCUUAGCUGGAACACACUAUUUCCCCCAACUCCAGUAUGCAAGAAAAACACUGUGUAAGUGUAAAUCUGUGGUGCAGAAAAUGCAAAACAGUUACACUUGUCAUGCUCAACAUGCAUGAUCGGGUUGCUUCCUAUGUGUUUUCCCUUCCUAUCUGCGCAUAACAAGUUUUUCCUGUCAUGGCAGACAAACUUGUGAUGCUGUUUUCCCAAAAGACUUACACUUACACAGUUUUUUUCCUGGAUAUCCAGGACCUGAACGUGGCCGGGAACAUGAUCGACAACAUCAACAUUCUUUUCCUGUCCAAAACGGUGAAGAAGCUGAAUUUGAGUGGGAACUUACUCUACAACUUCGCGGAUUUGAUUGAACUCUCGAAAUUUUAUCCCGCACAAAAACGCCCCCAUGCCCAUAAUCAAGUUGGAAACUCUGCAACACAAAUCCAGAAGUCUUUGUCUUGGGAGGCACGCAUGACAAGUUUGGGUAAGUAGUUCUCAGUGUAGUCGGGUUUGGCUGGUGCAGCGGCAUCACAAAUCUAUCAGCUGAUGCUGAUUAGAGGAUCACAAGUUCUUCCCGGAUAGCAUUAGAAAAAGAUCGUCAUGGGGAUGCGCAUGAGAAACAUUUUAGGCGUGCGGAUUUGCAUUACAGCUCGAGAAGGGUGGGGACGUUUUUACACACGAUAAAUUCCCGGGGCAGUUCACGGAAUUGUCGUUUUCAAGUCCGGAUUGGGGCCGGAACCCGAUUUGCUUAUUAUAUGCAAAAACGUGCCCACCCCAUAGUCAAGUUGAGAACGUAGCAACACAAAUCCAGAAGUCUUGGGAGCCACGCAUGACAAGUUGCAGUCCGUAGUGUAGUGCAUAUAAUUAGCAAGGACAGCCGCAUCACAAAUCCAUCUGCUUAUUCUGUUUGCAGCAUUACAAAUGCCAAAUCACGACUGGAAGUGCCUCCCUUGGGGACGCGCAUUGCAAAUGUUCCUGCAAUUGCAAAUCUGCAUGGCAACUCUGGGGUGGGGACGUUUUUACACAGGAUAUCGCCUACUGCAGAACUACGAGAUGUUCGUCUUGCGGUAUCUGGGGUGGCAGCUACAGUUUUUGGACGAGAUCAAAGUGGCGGAUGUGGUGGCUUCGGGGUCAAGUGGUGGGAAUGCGGGAGGGACAGUGAAAGAGAAUAACAAAUCCGGUGAGCAAGGGAGUGGGUCUACUACUGCAGGAACAGCGGGUACUAGUGCUGACACGACGACCAAGGAAGCCAGAAGUUCUACUUCGACCUCCAGCUCUAGCAGCACAACAACAACUGGAGCGAAUCAAGACGGGACCACUACUGCAUCUUCUGUCGCAAACAACCAAGCAGCAGUUGUGUCCUCCUCCGCGACCUUGCGCCAAGCGGAGAUUGCGUAUUUGAAGAAGCGGCUGUUUUACUCCAUGCGGGACAAUUUAGAUUCUUCCGCGAUCGCGGAGCUGAACGCCAAUAUUCUGCCGCUGUUCCGGCGUAUAGAAGCGGAGAUUCUGCAGCAGAACAAAGGGCCGCAGGUGACUUCUUCUUUUAGCAACGACAGGCAACACCGAACCAGCAGCGGCACCGUAUUGACGAAAGAGCUGUGCAAGGAUUUGCAGCAGCUCCGGGUUCUAUACAAGUUCCUGCAGUCGAAAUUGUCCGAUUUGGCCAGGCGGGAUACCAUCGCGAAGCUUUUGGAGCUCGAAUCCGUCGCGUUGUGUGCUAUGGAGCCAAUCGCGAACCAGGAUCACGCGUUUAAAAAAACUUUGAACGAUUUAUGACCUGCUCAAACGUUACAAUCCCAAACGUUACAGUAGACUCCGGAUUUUGUCUUGCAUAAAGAGCAUGAGGACGUUAUGUAGAGUUGCGCCGUUCGCAAUACAAAUUUUGCCGGAUAUCAAUGGGGUUUGGGUGCCGAAACUUGUCAUGCGCAAACCUAUGGGGCUACGGUAGAUCAUGCACUUUCUGCAUCACAGAUUUCCAUAUUCUAUUGUAACGUUUGAGAUUGUAACACCUGAGCAAGUUAUACGAUUUGUUCCUCUCCAAAGUUUUCCCGCAGAGCUCCUCAAAAACGUGUCUCGCGGUGUUGCCAGUACAGAUCUCUCGGGUGCGGAACCGGUUUUGGCAAAUGCGGGUGGAGUGUGCACAGGAAAAGAUGCACGCUGAGAAGGAGACAGCGGGGUGGCUGAAGGUAUAGAAACUGUUUCAUUUUUGUCAUGCUGGAUAAUUUCUAUUUGAGUGCAACAUGCGCAGAGCGAUACGAAUGUGCAACGAGCAUGUGUCAUGCUGUGCGGCGCACGAGAGGCUAAUUUUGUGAUGCACAAAACCGCACUAUAUAUACCAAACCAAACUACAGGGCGUCGUCUUCACUUCCCACGGCCCCGUUUGGCCCAAGCAGAAAAACGAAGACGAGCAGCCGACCAUUGCCAUCCCCGCACCUUCUGCUGUGGAGAAUAGCAAUACAACAAACACGGACGCAACUACGAACAACCAGAACCAAGAUGCGACUGGGGGUACGAAAGUGUACAACAGAGCUGCCACGAUAACUUUACCCCCAGAAGUAUCCUGUGUAAAAACGUCUCCACCCCAUCUUCAAGAUGGAAAAUCUGCUACACAAAUCAACAGGCUUUGGCUGUUGCGCAUGACAAGUUUGUCCUCGUAGUGCAAUAGUGUGUAGCUAGCUCAGCAGCAUCACAGACCAGCGCGCCGUGCUUGUUGGACCAUCACAAGUUCCGAAACGCGACUGGUUUAUGCUUCUCAUGGGGCUCCGCAUGACAAACACUUUCAGCAUGCAGCUCUGCAUUACAAAUAUGGGGUGGGAACGUUUUUACCGAGGAUGAGAAGAGCCGGAGUACCUAUUCCUUUCCUGCGGGGAUUCGGGGACGAUAGAAACUAUGCAUUGCAAGAAUGUUUUGGCCUGGAAGGAUGCAACUUGUAAUGCCAAUUCUGGAUCGUACAAAAAUCUGUGUUGCAUGAAUGCCAAAGAACAGUUGUCCACUUUUGACCAAGUUGCGAGGAGGUUUCUCGUGCAGGGUAGGCAUGUUAGGGAUCAUCAUCAUCAUCUCACGGAAUCUGUCAUGCUAGGAUCCUGCAUUCCAGACGACAUGGAUCAUGGAAAAUCUGCAUGACAAGUCUCGGAAUCUUCCAGACGCAGACAUGUUUGCAUUUGAUAGAGACGGUUUUGCGGCAUUUCUCUGCCUGUUUAGACCAUCAGAGUUGGAUAUCAAAUGCAAAAAUGUCUGGGUCUGGAAACUUGUAAUGCUGUGCUGGGAAUAGUGAAUGCUCUGUAAUGCACAGCCAAGCAUGAGAAAUAUGCGCACUUCUUUGUGUUGCGUUUUUCCCAUCAGAAACUGCGUUUCUGCAUGACAGGCAAAAGGGUCUCUUCUUGGACACGCAUCACAAACUUUUUUCUCAUGCCAGACAAGCAUGACAUGCUUCCAGACCCAGACAUUUUUACAUUUGAUAUUGGACCGCAUUGGCGAACGUGUCGGGUAGUGGUGGUGGAGGGAGUAGCACAGCUAGCAGCUCUAGUACAACUUCUGCUACUGCAAGCGCCGCGUCACAAACUACUUUAUUUCCCCCACCUACCACUGCGGGGAACUGCUCAACCACCAGCUCUAGCUCCUACCAUCUCCACUCGAGUUUCUUCAGUUCGCAAGCCUUACCCCCCACCCUCUCCGUCUCCGCUGUGCAGCAGGUGGAGAAUUAUGCGAAGACGAGGCCGCCAUAUGCAUUGCAAAUAUGUCUGGGUCCUCUGGAAAGUUGUGAUGCUAAUGUCCCCGAAUGAUACGUUGCAACCUGUAUCAGGGGGUCGCGCAUGACAAGUUUCUGAGCGGCUAUGUCUAGUGUGAAGCGCAUGACAAAUGGCCUUUUGGCAUAAACAGGGACGCCCUGCCCUUAGUCUCCCAACAUGACACACAAGUGGUACUGUAGCGGCGCACCAAGCAUGGCAGACUUUUCUGUCUUGUCGGCCACGCAUGACAGACUUGCAUUCUUCCAGACAUCCAGGGAUAGUUGCAGUGGAUACGCCACAAGCAAAUGGAACAAUGAAUAAAAGCAAUAGUAGAACCCCGUCGAUUUCCCCGACGCGGAAUAUCAAGAGGAAAAAUCCCCCCUCCCCAUAUCGAAACUGAAUUUCUGAUGCUGGAUGUGCGUACACAAAUCAGCUUUGUAUUGCAGAGAGGCAUUGCGGCCAGAUCUCCAGGCUAGGUAGGGGCGUAUCGGUCUAGUUGUUCAGCAUGGCAAACGGCUCCCCUUUAGGCCCAACAGCAUGACAAACCGCUUCCGGAAUGGGGCGGAGGCUUCUGCCCUUGUCUUCUUGCAAGACAAACGUGAUUUGUGGCCUCAAAUCAGCAACGCAAAUUUUCGGAAACCUACCUUUUCAAUAUGGGGAGGGGGGAUCUUUCUUUGCAAUACGGAACACACCGUAUCAACCGCAAAUAUGUAGUCUGGGUUUGCUGGAAAUUUGUGAUGCUGAAUCGUCAUGAUGGAGUGUGUCUUAAAGUGUAGGGAGGGGGGUGACGAGUUUGUUUCUCGAACGCGUAUUUCUCAUGCGUAGUGCGAAUUACAAACUGCGACUUUGCAUAACGGAAGUGUCGUGGCCGCACUUCUGCUGCUUAUGCAACACAGAUUUUUAUUCAGGAAUGCAAGACACGCAAUACAGGUUGUACUUCGACCUUUAUUCCAGACCCGGAUCGAUUUUUGCAAGGCAUACACCGGUCGUCUCGCCGACUAGAGGAUCUGCGAGUAAUUCCGCCUACACCCCGAGAAGGCCCUUUCUCGGGGGAUCUCCCGGGAGUCAGCAGUACGGGCAAUCCACUUCGACCUACACAACGAACAUGCUGA